CAAGAUCCAGUCUUUUCUCAUUUAUCUUCACUGCGAUGACAGCUCCGCUGUUACUUUUAAAAUGAAAUACAAAGCGUGAUUCUCCUGAGCUGACCCUGGAGGUCUGAGCAGCGCCAAUUGUUUCCUGAUGCUACCAGUUCGCUUCACCCACUUCAUUUCUCACAGCAGCGCUCUGGAGGUAGGACGAGUGGCCGAGGAUGUCAUGGGAGCGGAGGAAGCACAGGCCAUGGAGGGGCAAGCAGCGAGGUGAAGCGGGGAUGUCUGAUGCAAAUUUGACAUUUUCUGUUGGAAGAUCUCUGGUUCUCCUGCUGACACUAACACAUUAGCAACGAAAGCCUGCGAUAGGUCCUGGCUGACCCUGCUUCCAAAGGUGAAGGUGAAAAACAACAGCAGGGGAGCGAAUGCUGAGCGUAUUUAAAGCACAAUAAUGGGAAAUGCUGAUGACCUCCCCUUGCCACUGAGUCCUUUUCCUUCCCCUGGCAAAACCGAUGGCUUGUCCCCACCACUGCGCUACUGGCCCCUGGUUCCCUGAGCCUCUUCAAUAAGGAACCACCCAGAGCCGAGGAACAAAUGUGCUUUGCUGCAGGUUUAUGAAAACUCCCUCAAGGAUGAGUGAAAGCACAGAAACCCUUUGUUGUACUGGAACCUGCCACGGCUGUGCUCCGUGUGAAGAAUCCUCCCACCAUUACAUUUGCGAUUUUGGCAGCUACUUCUGCUACGACAACCCGGCGGCUCUCCAGACGCAGGUUCAGCGGGAUAUGAAGGUGAACACAGCUCAGUUCAUGGCGCUCUAUGCGUGGUAUUCCUGGCCCAAUGUGGUUCUUUGCUUCUUUGGAGGUUUUCUGAUAGACAGAGUGUUUGGAAUACGGUUGGGCACUAUAAUAUUUAGUAUCUUUGUUUGUGUCGGGCAGGUGAUUUUUGCUUUGGGAGCACUACUUAAUACUUUCUGGCUGAUGAACAUGGGCAGAUUCAUAUUUGGAAUAGGCGGAGAGUCCUUAGCAGUGGCACAAAACACAUAUGCAGUCAGUUGGUUUAAAGGCAAGGAGUUAAAUCUUGUGUUUGGAUUACAGCUGAGCAUGGCCAGAAUUGGGAGCACAGUGAACAUGAAUAUCAUGGGAUGGAUAUACUCCAGAGUUCGAGAUCUUCUGGGGUAUACUGGUCCCAGUACUCUUGGGUUAACUCUCAUGAUAGGUGGUGUAACAUGUCUCUUUUCACUGACCUGUGCAUUAAUCCUUGCUUAUCUGGAUAAGAGAGCAGAGAAGCUCCUUUGUAAAGAGCAAGGGAAGACGGGUGAAGUGAUUAAGCUAACCGAUGUGAAGGACUUCUCUUUGUCCUUGUGGCUUAUAUUUGUAAUCUGUGUCUGUUACUAUGCAGCGGUUUUUCCUUUCAUUGGACUUGGAAAGGUUUUCUUUAUUGAGAAGUUCAAAUUCUCCUCUCAAGAAGCAAGUGCAAUUAACAGUAUUGUGUAUAUCAUAUCGGCACCCAUGUCCCCAGUCUUUGGACUCCUGGUGGAUAAACUUGGAAAGAAUAUCGUCUGGGUUUUAUGUGCUGUAAUAACUACACUUGCUUCUCAUAUUAUGUUGGCUUUUACCUUCUGGAACCCCUGGAUAGCAAUGUGUUUGCUAGGAGUGGCCUACUCAUUGCUUGCCUGUGCCCUGUGGCCCAUGGUGGCCUUUGUGGUUCCAGAACACCAGCUGGGAACUGCUUAUGGCUUUAUGCAGUCUAUCCAGAAUCUCGGUCUGGCAAUUAUUGCGAUAGCAGCUGGGAUGAUUCUGGACACAAGAGGAUACUUGUUUCUUGAAGUCUUCUUCAGUGCUUGUGUUUGCUUGUCACUAAUAGCUGUAGUCAUGCUGUAUUUUGUGAAUCACCUCACAGGCGGUGAUCUCAACUGGUCUGCAAAGAAAAGGGAAAAACUGCAAAAAGUAGCUGCAACUGAAGCGGAAGAACAAGAGAGACUCAGACAUCAAAAUGAAGAUGACUUGGCUAAAUUACGGCCAAAAGCUGAUGACUUUAGUUUAAGGAAUAAAUACCUCUCCAAACUAGGCGCUCAGCUACCAGAUAAUUACUCUUCCUAUUUAUCGACAAUGGUACACAGAAGCCUGUUGAAAUAGCAUCUUGCCCCACUUGCAAAAGCAGGAAUACACUGAAGUUCCUGGUACACAAAACUUUGUUUCCAGUACUGACAACUACCCCAGCAAAAGCAGGAUGAUGCACCAUGCUUUUCUGCAAGCAUAGAUACUAUUUUUAAAAUACUUGGCUUAAGCUCCCCCUCUGCACUGUGGGUAAAUAACACAGAUACUGAUGAAGAACCAUCUGGCUGUUUAUUUGAACCCACGAGCUACGUACUACACCCGCCUGUCUAAAAUGUGCAGCGAGUAGCUCGAGUCAAUAGCUAAGACUUGAUUUCUUCUCACUACACAAUGAUGUCUGAAAUGUGAAAGCUUUGUUUCGGUGAUCAAGUUGCUGGGAAAUGAGCCUUGAUGUAGGUAUGGGUUAUAUAGCCUCUCAAGUUGGACAACUUUGUUACCAUAUUGGAAAUGGUCUGUUUCUUUUUUCUUAUAGAAAAAUGUGAGGAAAGACUACUAAACAAAUACUUCAGAGGAAACUAAACUACACAGUUCCAGUAUUAUGGUUCAAAAAGUGCUAGCCCUGGAAUUUAGUACCAGAUCACAGGCUUAGCAAUAACCUUAUCUAAGUCCUGAUUAAUGUGAAAAUUGAUGUAUUUUUAAGAGGUUGUGACUAAAAACUGUGAAAGAGUUGAAUGGGAGAACUGAAGUUUGGCUUUCGGUGGGGAAAGUGGUGUUCAGUUUCAUAAUGGAACUUCAUGCUUUCCCGUAAUUUCGGCAGAAGGCUUGUUGCUGAAUAGCUAGCUCCUAGUAACUCCCGCAGAGUGCAUUUCUCUUUGGUUUUGUUACUCAUAAAGGCUCACUUAUGUAAUUGGACAAACUAUUCCUAAACUAAGCUGAUCUUACUUUAAAAGGCAAGAGCAUUUGGCUUUCUGGAGCACGAGGUGCACCAAGCGAAGAGCUGCUAUAGAGGAUAAGGUGCACAGGGGUGAGUGAGCUUUCCUUGGCUGACUUCAGGGAGUCCUUGUGUGCCACGAAAGGCUUAAGCAAUUCAUCAAAGGCUCUUGACUGCAGAGAAAAUAGUCUGGUAUAAUAAAAAUGUGACAUUAUACCUGUAAUAUUUUUUUUUGCCUACAGUAAUUUAAGCAGAUCUUCUGGAACUCAUGGUCUUAAGGUUUGGGGUUUUUUUAAAAGAUACUUUUCAGUGGAGAUUUUCAUGUUCCUGAAAGACUAAGAUUAUCUUCCUGAAAGACCAAGCCGGGACUAUUUUGGUGAAUAGUUCUGUAUUCUGAAGAACAAUCUAGGAAAAUAAAGUAGCAGGUUGUGAACUAUGCCGAGCUUACUGCCGAAGGGGAGCAGUACACUGACCUGUGAUAGUUUUUAUUGGUGCUUUCUGUGCUCCCUUUGAGAACCGAACGCUUACCAGCUCGGAGGCUGGUUGAUGCAAGUUGAUUUAUGUUUCCUUGUAGACUUGUGAAUUCUGGGUCUUUUUUAAUAAAAGCUUUAAAUGGA